AUGGUGUCUAAACCAGAGGAGUGGCCGGCGUUCUCACUACUACUUGAUGAGGUUGUCAGAUGCAAAGGGAGGUUCACCUCGUUUUCCAUCCAGCAUAUACCAAAGACGAAAAACACGAAAGCAGACAAGUUAACACGAAGUGCUCGAGCUCUACCUACUGAUGUGUACUAUAUGAAAGCUCUGAGAAGGAUUCAAACGACGUCUUCGUCUUCAAAUCCUUCAUCGCCGUUACAUUCUCCUCCUUCUUCAUCUUCCUCAUCUUCGUGGAUCCAUUUGCGUACUGCUCUCUUUGUCAUUGCUUCUUCAUCUCCAGCGUCUUGUUCAGAUCGGUCUCGUCUUAAAUCACCAUGGUCCCGGAGGAAAAGGAAAAAGCCACUCAGACCUCAUCAGUGGAAGAGGUUCUUCACCCCCGAUGGUAGACUUCGUAACGGAGGAACUGAUUUGCUGAAGAAAGUCCGAAGUAGAGGUAUUGAUCCGAGCAUUCGUCUGGAAGUGUGGCCAUUCCUUCUUGGCGUGUAUGGUUUCAAUAGUUCCAGAGAAGAGAGAGUUGCUAUAAGAACUCGGAGAAGAAAGGAGUAUGAGAGCCUACGAAGGCAGUGCAAGAAGCUUCAGAAACACAACAACGGCACUCUCAAGUUAACCAGAGUCAGUGAAGCCAUGCAAGACGAGUACGACUGGCCACAAGUCCAAGACUCAGACAGUUCCUGUUCCGACGAAGUUGUCAGUGCGCGCGAGUCUCUCUCCAGCGACGACGAAGACAUCACUGUAGACACCGGUUACAUGAGUGAAGUCUCAUGCGUCAUUGAGAGAGACGGCACCACCGGUUCAAGACGGAUCACCAACGCUACCAUCUCCACCCUCAACUCCGAGUCAUCAGACUCAGAAUCUUCAGACGAGAGUGGAAUGGUACAGGUCUUUCACUCUUCCGCUACUCCUGACGUGAAUGACACUACUUAUCCAGCCAGCUCAUCUAUCCCCCGGACGGAGGAGGAUUUCGUGACGUGGCAGCGUAUCAUCCGUCUAGAUGCCGUGCGUGCUGACUCAGAGUGGUCUCCUUGCUCACCAUCACAGGCGGUUAUAACCGAGGAGAGAGCUUGUCGUGCAGCUGAAGCGGUUGGUUUGAAAGAUUACAACCACUUGGAACCGUACAGAAUCUUCCAAGCUGCACGGCUUGUUGCUGUUCUUGAAGCGUAUGCUUUAUACGACUCUGACAUUGGCUACUGUCAAGGAAUGAGUGAUCUUCUCACUCCUAUACUCUCUGUGAUCCCUGACGACCACGAGGCGUUCUGGUGCUUCGUUGGUUUCAUGAAGAAAGCUCGUCACAACUUCAGGCUCGACGAGGUCGGAAUCAGGAGACAGCUAAACAUAGUCUCGAAGAUAAUCAAAUCCAAAGACUGUCAGCUUUACCGGCACCUCGAGAAGCUCCAAGCUGAAGACUGUUUCUUUGUGUACAGAAUGGUUGUUGUGAUGUUCAGAAGAGAGCUGACGCUGGAUCAGACGUUUUGUCUGUGGGAAGUGAUGUGGGCUGAUCAAGCUGCGAUCAGAGCCGGGAUGGGGAAAUCAGCUUGGAGCAGGAUAAGGCAGCGUGCGCCACCGACGGAUGAUUUGGUGCUGUAUGCGAUUGCUGCGUCGGUGUUGCAGAAGAGGAAGCUUAUCAUAGAGAGGUAUAACAGUAUGGAUGAGAUUCUGAGGGAGUGUCAUAAUAUGACAGGGCAGUUAGAUGUAUGGAAGCUUUUGGAUGAUGCGCAUGACCUCGUUGUGACUCUACACACCAAGAUUGAACAUUCCUUCUCGUAA